AUGCAAGACACCUCAGCUUCACAUAUCGAAAAUCAAGCUCAAAAUGAAUACCAGCCUGAACACACACUUUCACGGAAGUCAAUAGAAAACAAGCGGAACAUUUUCUUUUGGUCUUCAACUACACAGCAUCUCAUUGGCGGGUUGAAUCAUGACGUUACGCCCAUUAACAGCAGAAUUGUGCAUUCAUGGGCUUCCCUUCUUGAUUACAAAGGAUCCCGCACGGCACGAUUUGAGAUAUAUCCAGUGACGGUAAAAAAGUUUAGUGCGGGAAUCUUUAAUACUCUGCGAACCCGUAGUGGAGCAAACAUCCCGGAAUUCUCGACAGAGAUUCUUCCUCCUGGUGAUUAUACUUUCCAGGUUUUUUCAGAAAGAGUCGUUGAUCCCAUAGAACCCGUUCGAGAUAUAGAUUCCUUUAAAACGCGCAAACUCGAUGGGGAAAAUGCAGCCGAGGGUGCAUUAAAUAAGCUCACGUCAGACCAAAUACGCACGUUCGAUGUACCCGGUAAAAUACAGGAGUUUGUAAUGGAGCGGGACCAUGGUCGAUGUGUGAUUACAGGUGCAUCACAAGUUGAUUCAGUAACUGUUGUGUGGAUAAUUCCUCCUUCGUUCGUGGAUGCGAUUCAAUACCUCAAAGAAAAUGAUGUGAUAUAUGACGAGCCUGAGCAAAUCACCAACCAGAGUAAUGCAAUCACACUUCACGAGGAUCUCAAAGAUGCAUUUUUCAACAACGACUUCAGCGUCGACGUCGACGAUGACUAUCGAGUUAUUCUGUUUCGAGAUUUUGGACCUGCAGCACAGUCACUCAAGGGAGCAAACAUUCAGGCGUAUUUCCGCCGUGGAGAUCUGAAAGAUCAAUUUUCUGGGCCCCACGAUGUAUUCCUCCGUGCUCACUUCGUACACUGCCUUUUCGUCAACUUCCUUGGCGGAGACAUUUUUUUCCGGUAUCCAUGGAAUGUUGUUGAAGAAAGAAUAGUUGACCUCGGCUUGGAUGAGGAAGGACGUCGUAUUUCUCGCAGCCACGACUUAUGGAAAGACGACUUGAGCCGAAUUCUUUAUGAGAGGCUUUAUGAAAGGCCGUUUGGGUCACAUGAAGAUAACAGUGAUACAGAUCCAGAUUCUGACCAGAUUAGCGAAACUGACGAAGAUGACCAGAGUGAUGAUAAUGAAAAGGAAUAUGAAGGAGAGGAGAGGGGCCCUAAUUCAGAGGACGUCUCUCAAAGUGACGCCGAAUAG